CCGCUCCCCACCUCCACCUCAAACCUCCCCGUCUCCGCUCCGCGCACUAGCGGAACCCGAGAAAGAAAGAACACGGAGUUAAGCUGGCUUCAAGAAGAAUAUGGCAUCUCUUACUCCAGGGAUACUGUUAAAGGUUCUAAAAAAUAUAAAUUCUGAUGUGAAAGUAUGUGGAGAACACAGGUCGAUUCUUCUCCAAGUUAUUAGCAUAGUUCCUGCCAUUACUGGUUCAGAACUUUGGCCAGACCAUGGUUUCUUCAUAAAAGUUUCAGAUUCGUCCCACGCAACAUAUGUUUCUUUAUCAAAGGAGGACAAUGAACUCAUCUUAUCAAACAAACUGCAACUUGGACAGUUCAUAUAUGUUGAAAAGGUUCAAUCUAGUGUUCCCGUUCCAAUUCUUGUUGGGGUCCGAGCAGUUCCAGGAAGGAACCCUUUCAUUGGUAACCCAAAGGAUUUGAUGCAAAUGUCAACCCCAUCAGGGGUUUUGGAAGCAUUGGAUCAUCAACGGAAAGAUACAAAGCCAACUGAGAUGUCUGAGAGUGAAAAAGAAAACUCUCAGAGGAAGGUAGUCAUCAAAGAGCAGAAGGCUGGUGUUGCUUCCCGUUACAUGCUUGGGAUAUCAAGCAACAAUGGGAAAUUUACCAGUCUAAACUCUAGCACUGACAGUGAAAAAAGUAAUGGAGGAAGUAGUGUUUGUGAUACCAAUCAAAAGAUGGGUUCUAGUGCUACAAAAGUGAAACAGGAGGCAAAACCUCAGGAACGACCAAAUAUUGCCUCUCCUAAUAAUGUCAAGUUAGCUUCCACAAAGCAAGAAGUCAAUAAAGAUAUACGCAAGAAUAGUGGCAGGCCACUUGGUCAGAACGGAUCUGCUGUAGUGAAGAAGCAAACACCACGGGACACAAAAAGGGAACCAGCAACUGAAGGAAGCUCGCCGACAAAACUUUAUAGGAGUUCACCACCAACACCAUUGAGAACUUCACCAGCGAAGAUCCGUGUGCCAGCAAAGCCAAAUGUUACCUCCAAUCCAGUUCCCUCUGUGCCUAACAUUAAAAGAAGAGUCACAGAAACCAUCUCCUGGGAUUCCCUCCCGACAUCCCUAAUCAAAUCUGGAAAGGCUGUUGUCCGGAGGAAGACUAUUGCUCUUAUAGUAGCAGCUGAGGCUCAAAGGGAGGCUACUGCAGCUGCAUCCCUUGUGAAAGGUCUUGGAAUUUUUGCCGAGAUGAUGAAUUCCGCCGAGGAGGAUCCGCAUGGUGCAGUGAAUAAGUUUUUUCAGCUAAACCGGCUAAUCAUUCAGCAAAAUGUUUUUUGGAAAGAUAACUCACCAGAUUCUGGCAAAGAAUCCCGGACAGAGAAGGAAAAGUCAUCAAGGAAAGUUUCUGCAACUCAGAAUAAAGUUGCUGGAUCCGGUGCAACAAAGAAUCCUGAUGAUGCUUAUACUAGUGGAAAGCUCGAAUGGGCUAGAGAGGAUGGUUUCAAGGAGAUCCGCAGGUCGUGGAUUGAUCUAAAAAAGGAAUCAAAUACAUGGUUUCUGAAUUUCCUGGAAGAUGCUCUUGAAUCUGGAUUCAAGUUUGAGUGCCGAACCAUAAACAACACUAGAGAACGAGUGAGAGGACAAUCCAAGGGUGGAGACGGGCAGAUCGCAGUCCGGUUAUCACAACUAAAGGAAACAAGUAACUGGCUAGAUCAGCUGCAGAGUGAGGCCGAUAAAUCUGCCGAUAGUUUGGUCGAAACCAUUGAGAGGCUGAGGCAGAAGGCGUACUCGUGCCUACUUGGAACCGUCGAGACCGCAGCAUCAGCUCUUGAAAGUAGGAACGGUUAUUGCUGAAAACCUACGCAAGAUCUGGAAGUAUCUGUUCUUGACUUGGAAGCAGCCUGGGGUGUUCAGUUCUACGCGUGUACAGAACCACAAGAUCCUGAUGCAGAGGGGACUGAAGAAAGCUAAUUAUUUUCAAUUGUACAAAAGAAAGUAGGAGCGAUGAUUGAGAGCUGUAAAUAGUCCGGUUGCCUGAUAAAUUAUUCGUCCGCUUAUUCCAUUUUGUGCAUUGUCUCAUGUUGCUUGUGGAAUUAUUUUUAUUUGAAAUAUAUAGAAGCCUUCAUUA